AAUACGGGAUUUCGUAUUUCGUACUUCAGAAGUACGGAGAAGUACAAAAAAGUACGAAGAAGUACGAAGAAGUAUCAAGAAGUACGGAGAAGUACCAGAAGUACAGAAGUAUGCUUUUUCCCCCUUGAGAAUGUGUCAUAAAGUCUUUCGUUUGGAUACCGACAGACUAGUUCAUUUAUUUCUAAAGUCAAUUUUCCUUUCUCCUCCAUAGGAUUAGAAGUACAUUAGUUCAAAAAAUGAUCUCACAUCUUCUUCUACUUGUUCUCUGAUCUGUACUUUUAUUUGUUUAGAAAAAGUCUGUAAUCAAGAUUGUUCCCAUCGUGAUUAUCCCGAAUAUCCCACAUUACCCUGUCGAAGCUGCUCAAACCACAUUGAAAAGACGAAAAUAUUGAUUUCAUCUGAUUAUGAUACAAACAAUAAUAUAAUUAAUGAUAUUUCAUCGAAAUCAACAACGAAUAUUUGUUUAGCUUUUAAUAAUCAUAACGAAAAGGAAGUGAUAGUAAACAAUUGUCACAAAGAAAAUGUUACGUCUGAACAAACAACUAUGAUGAAUGCCGAAUGUACUGGUAUUGAAACUCGUAAUGUGACGGCAAGAGAAAAAAAAUUACGUGAACGUUGGACGAAACAUGAAUAUGAUUCAUCUCAACAACAAAAUGAAAGUAUUAAUCGACCACAAAUAUUAUUAGGUUUAGAUUUUCCACCUGUAGCUGUUUUAAGACGAAAGUUUAACAACAAAAACAAUUCGACAAUUACUGACAAUAGUACACCCAUCAACAAAAAGCCUUCUCAUAUAGUCAAGAAAAUAACCGAAACAACACCAUUAAUCCAGAUAAAUACGAAUAUAAACAGCAGCAAUAAUAAUCACUGUCAACAAGUGAAUGAUGAUUCAAGUGAAGCAAGUAGUUGUACAGUGACAACAUCAAACGAUCAAAAUUCAAAUAAGGAACAACCGCAGAGUUUUGUCACAAAUAAUAUCGACCACGUGCAACACAAUGAUAAUCAAGUGACUAAUCAAGAUAUACAAUUGAUAAAUAUUAUUGAAACAAAUAUAACAAAAGACUAUUAUCAACCAUUAUCAUUUGACCAAAAGCAACAAGAGCAAAACGAACAAUCUAUAGUUAUUGAACAAAUUAAUAAUAUUCAAAAUUAUCAAGAUGUCAUUGAAGAUCUUAUACAUUUAGUAGAAAAAGAACAAGAACAAUUAAAUAAUGAAACAGUGAUGGAUGUUCUAGCUAAGUCUAGUACAACUUCAGUUGAAAUAAAUAAUAACAACAAUGAUGAUGAGAAGAAGAAAGUAUUAGAAGAAGAACAAAAUGACGAUAAAAAUACAAUAAAUCCUUUUUCGUUCUUUUUCUCUUCUAAUAUACCAAAUACAAUAGUCAUAGACGAUUGUACCGGCAACAUCAUUACACCGAUCGUCAAUAAUAAUAAUAACGAAAAAGAAACAGAGAAUGAGAAGAACAGAAGCAAAAAAGAAGAACAAUCAUCACCAAACGAACCUAAAGUAUUGUUUGUGGUGAACAACGGUAACAUGUCUGAUGAUUUAAAAUAUUCAGGUGUUAUUAUCGAAGAUCUUCAUGAAGAUGAAGAUGAAACAAUAGCGGCGAAAAAAACAACUCCAACUGAUUAUAUUUUAUGUGAUGAUGAUGAUAAAAUUUCUUUGUCAACAACGAAAAAACAGAGACCGCUACCGUUUAAUACUGUCUUAUCAUGUUAUGAAAAGGCAUUAUCGAAUGUGACGUUUGAUGAAUUGUCAACAUCUUCCGCCACAGCAUCACCGUUAUUAAUGAAAUCAAGUUCACUAGGUGAUUGCAUUAAACCAUUAACAAUAUCUGCUCGUCCAGAAGAUGAUCCCAUUGCACAACGAGCUCUUCGACGUUUUGAAGAACGUAUGAAGGCUGCUGUGGCCGCUAAAGGUUCAUUAAAUCAAAGUGAUCUGCUAGCUAAAGGUAAAUCAUCGUGGUCUGGUACACUAACAACACCGCGUAAAUCAUUAGAUAAUUUAUUUAAAAACGAACAAUUAUCUGUUUGUCCAACAUCUUCUAUGGUCCGAUCAGAUGAACCAAUUGUUGUUGACAGUUAUAUUAGACCAAGACGAAAUUUAUUCGAUAAUUCAGAUAAAGUAGGUUUAGAUUAUCCCAAACCAUUAAAUUUAAUAAGUUCAUCAUCAUUCAAUCAACGAUUAUCAUUGAAUGAUGGUCAAACAUUAGAUAACACAAGCAAAAAAGAAGAUGAUAAUGCAGAACAACAAGCAACUGUCAAUAUCAAUAAUGAAGAUGAUAAACAAGAGCUGGAUUCUAUCCGUCAACGUAAAUCAAGUUUGUCACUGUUGGAUACAAUGUCAGUUGAAAGUGGUCUGGGCAUCAGUAAUGAUAUAAGUACAUUGACUGACAGUGAAAGAUCGUUAGAAAAUUCAAUAACUGAGAAUAGUGUGUCUACAAACAGUUCAUUGAAUACGAUCAUGAGUAAUAGUAAUAAUACUGAUACAAUGAUAACGAGUACAGCAUCAUUGAUUUUAAAUGAAUCACCACCACCACAACCAUCUUCGUCAUUAAUUCAACCAUUGGCACCCUAUCGUUUACAAUUAGAAGGACGACGACGACUAAAUACACUUGAUCGUAUUAAAGAAAGGCGACAAAGUAAAGAGAAUAAUAUUGAUGAUACACAUUCAUCUAUAGAAUCAUCUGUGUCACAAUUACAAAGUGAAUAUACAAUUAAACCUGAAGAAUUGCAAGAUCCAAUUAUUCGACGAGCUUUAGAACGUUUUGAUGAAAAGAGUCGAACAUUAGCACAAUCAAAAUCUAUGAAUUACGAUGAUAUACAAGAUCCAAUAACGCGGCGAGCACUGACGCGUCUGGAAUCGAAUUUUAAACGAACAAACAUCUUUCCUCCAUCAUUACCCCCUACAAAUCCAUCUUCGUUUGUACAAAUGGAUCAUACUCAAGAUAGAAUACCAGUUGACACAGGUUGGUAUACUAACAGUUACACGAUGGGCACUCUUCAACCACAAUCAACAAUAGCUGAUGACUCUUUAUCCUAUAAUAACCAUAAUCGUACAUCACGCUGUCCAACUGAUAAUGGAAAUAAUAAAACCACCUAUGUAUCUGUUCAUCAACGUUUUUGUGCAUCAUCUGAUAAUGAUCAACAACAAUCAUUAGCUGAACGUGAUAUACCCGUUCUGCGUGUUCCUACGCAUCCCGUUUAUGUUUCAUCAUCACAACAACAGCAACAACAACAACCUACUAGUCAAGAAGAACGAUCACAACCAAUUAUCCAAAAUUCUUCUUUGCGUCAACGCUCAAGAUCUGAAGAUAUGCUGUCAACAAAACAACUUGAAUUAACCAUAGGACAAACAUCAAAUAUUGACUUAGACAAUGAAAAUGAUUCUUCUCAUGAAAUACAAAAAACAACAUCAUCAUCGGUAAAUAACGAUGAACGUCAGUUAAUUCGUAAUCGUUCAUCAGACAAUUUACAAUCCAGUUCUGAGUUAGUUACUAAUCCAAAUGAUAAAUUUUUAUUACCACGUUCAAUGAUCACAUCACUGGAAUCAAAUUUUGUUCGAACAACUGAAUCCUCGUUACAUUAUGCUACACCAACAAAAAGUUAUUCAGCUUACAGUUGUGAAUAUACAAGGCCUCAUCGAAAUUUAUUAACAACCGAUUCAACAACAACACAACCAACAGCAGCAAUCGCAAGUGAAAAAGUUUCACCGAGAAAUACCACCGAUUAUCUCGAACGUAGUUCAUCCGCAUCGUCACAACGUAGUCAACCAUCUAUACCACAAAACUAUCAGACUGCAAAUGCCAAUAAUCAACAAUCACACCCACCCUCGCAAUAUAAUAAUACGUAUAAUAAUAAUAAUCAUUCAUCCAAUUUCCAGCAACAACCACAGCAAUAUUAUCCAACGUCUCAAUCAUCAUCGGCUUUUGCUCCCAUUCGUCAAACACAAUCAAAUGAUUAUUAUUCAAGAGAACCAUCCUACGGUAAUGUAGGUAGUAUGUACAACACAAGUUCAUCAACAUAUUCAGAUGAUCCAAUUGUUCGUCGGGCAUUAGAACGAUUCAAUUCUCAAAUGCAAAAUAGUAUGAUAUCUUCUACAAAUCACAACACUUAUCCCUAUCGAGAACCAUAUUCGUCGCGAAAUUACGAUACAAAUUCUCAGAUGACUCGUGAUUAUUAUGGUGGUACAAAUAAUUUUCCGUAUGAUCAUAAUAGUUAUAAUCGUUCAGGUUAUGAUACAUGGUCAGGUGGAAGAUCGGUCGCUCCUCCUCUACCACAAUCAACAUCAAACUAUCAAUCAAUCAUCGCCCGCCGGCGUCAAUUAAGAAAUGAUGAUACCUCUAUAACUGACUCAUCUGGAAGCGAAGUUGGUGGCGGUUACAAUUCAUCGGUAUUUGCUGAAGGAGAUCAACGUUAUCAUUAUGGAAAUACUACAUCAGCUGACAUUCAACCCCCAAUUCCACCUCGAUUUAUUCGUCGUGAUUUCCGCAGUGAAGAACAAUUGUUAGAACCACAAUUUCAUCGUUAUCUAUCGGAAGAUUUUUUAGAUCAAAAUGAAAAUGUAAAUAAUAACAACAACAAUUCAGCUUACAUUCAUCAUGCCUAUCCUGCAACAAUAACAAACACCAAUACGGGUUUUAGACCAAUUGAUGUGAAUGACUAUCAACAUCAACAAUACCAUCAUAAUCAAGUACAAGAUUAUAAUGAUCAACAACCAAAUGAUAUUACCACCUAUAUCAAUAGUGGAAUGUCAUCGAAUAUCAAUACGAAUAACAACAACAAUUCCGAUUUACUGAGAGAUCGAGCUCAAUCAACAUCGAGUACAACAUCAUCUGACAGUUUAAAUACACGACGAAUGAUAAGACCAAAUAAUAUAAGAACAAUACCGACGACACAAGCCUCAAAUAGACAAUCGACAAAUUUACCGAUUAAAUUAACAAACGGGAGAAAACAAUUUAACGGAAAUGAACAACAGCAACAGACGAUAAAUAAAUCUUUACCAACAGUCGAGCAAAACUUUACAAACAGGCAAUCGGGUCGUAUAACGCCAAAUUAUAAUGGUAGCAGUGUUGUUGGUGACAGCGUAUUCCAUCGACUGGCUUAUACUGGUACGAAAGCGUCGUUAUCAAAAUCAAAUUCCACAUCCUGUUCAAAUUUAUUAUCUAAAGGUGGUGCUCAACAGUCGAUAUUAAAAGCUCGUGAAAUUGAUUUUGAUGAUACGUGUAGUACAAUAACCGUAAAUGAUAAUGAAACAACCCUUUCAUCGAUAAAUUCAAAUGAAUCAAACUCAAAACAACAAUCACAACAAUCAUCUCAAUCACAAUCACAACAACAGCAACAACAAAGUAAAUGUCAACGAUCUCGAUCGGUUGAUGGGCGUGCACGUGGUCGAACAGCACAAGCACGAAUAAAUCGAGCUGAUAAUGAUGAGAACAGUAGUUCAACAACAGAUGAUAAUAAUACGAAUUCGAAAAUACGUGUGGAAUCUAAAUUUACAAACAAUUCAAAUAUGAACGGUAAUGGACGAUUCGGAAAUGGCUAUGUUCAUAUUAAUAAUAUUAAUAACGGUGUUGGUCGAACGACGCUCAUGAAUCGUGCAGCACCAGAACGCUCAGCCGUGCUUACUAAACGAACACAAAGCGGUCUGAAUUUAAAUUCACGAAAUAAUAACACAACGAUAAAUAAUCGUAUGCGUAGUUCAAAUAGUAAUUUAUUAGAUGAUAGUACUAAUGAUACAAUUGAUGUAGAACUACAAUCUGAAUGUAACGAAAGAGGAGAAAAUGAUGAAAAUCAAAUAGAUAAUAAUCUGUUUGAAACAUCACAAAAUGCUGGUGAAUUAUAUCAACCAAAAAUAUUGAGUGCAAGAAAUAUACCAAUUCGAAAUAAUAUUCAACAAUCAUUAUCAUCUUCAUCCAUCACUACUGGAUAUAACAAUCGAAAUCGAUCUAGUUUAGAACGACGUGAUUCGAAUAUAUCAAUUUCAGAUACAAACAAGUUACAAAAACGAGUUGAGAUUGAUCGAAUUCUCUCACCAAAUUCUCAUCGUCGUAAUAUUCCUGUAUCUGUAUUUGUACCAGCUAAAACAGAAAAGCGUCCUGCACCCGCACCACCUCAACAACAACAACAAUCAACACAAAUUUCAUCGAGUCAAUCAACAGAUAAUUCGAUUAAUUUUAAUCAACAAUAUUCACCAGCUAUGUUGACAAAUGGAAAUAAUAGUUAUUAUUCAGAUGAUCGUCUAAUAACAUCUAAACCACCUCCAACUCCCGGUGUUAAAUCGUCUAUUAUACCAAAUUCAUCAUCAUUAUCCAAUUUUAAUAAUGGUGGUCUAGAUUCAACGAAACAACAACAACAUGAUAGUAAAAAGAUGAAUGUUUUUGAACGUUUAUUUCGAGGAAAUAAAAAAAAACUUGAGUAA